AUGGCGCCUAUAAGUCGCGCUAAAGAAAUUAAUAUAAAAAAUAUUUUAGACCGCCUGGCUAUUGAAGCCAAGAUGCCACCCUGUGGGUCUGCGCAUAUACCUGACGUUGACGUCCGCGUCCGUCCGUCCGCGAUCUUAUUACCAGUGGAAAAAAACAAAAGAGAAUCGGCGGCAAACGGCGCGGCCCUCGAGAGAUUUAUGGCCACGCGGCGCCGACCGGGGGCUGUCGGCUAG